GAUUGUCGUUUACUCAUGAUGCGUUUUGGGCACAUGGUGUAUACGCGCGCUGCCGCGGCUGGUUAAAGACAGUGUAGAGUUGUGGCGCGCGCAUUAAAGCUAUGGCGCUGCCGUGGCUUCUGCUGUUGGAGCUGCUGCUGUACGGCAGCUGUUUUAUUUGCGGGAUCGUCACAGCCUCCUCUGUUACAAUCUCACAGGGAGGUUUUGCUGGAAAGUGUAUGCUGUACGGUUCAGUGCAUCUGAACAGCACAUUCAUCAGUGUUCUUUCAUCCAGUUCUCCCUCUCUCUGUUACUUUGUGUCAGCCAUCUCCGUUUGUGUGGCUGUCUUCUGCUUUUCAGUCACUCUCUACUGGAUCUACGUCGCCUGUUUUGAUGGAGAGGUGAAUAGAGAGAAAUUAUGGAUGAACAUUACCCUUGGCUUGUCAGGAGUCUUCCUCUUCUUCCUCUUGGUGACGGGAUGCAUCCUGAAAAUCGGCCGAGACAGACUGUGUGACUCAGUGCUCCAUACAGUGAACAAUAUAACAAGGUGUGAAGAAGCUCAAAAUAAGUCUUGGUUGAGCCCUAUAAGUGGGAACCAGUUCUACUCCAGACUGCACAGUGCAGAGACAGCAGUAUGGGUGAAUUUCUUCUUUUGGAUGAUCAUAGCAGGUCUGGUCCUGCUCCAGCGUAACAAAGGGUCAGAAAUCCAGUCAGUAGGAGAGAACCCAUCAGUGACCCCUUCUGAAACCGAGCCCAUCUUGAGCCACCCAGGACAUCCUUGGUGAACAGAGACACAGUUAAUCUGUGUCGCUCCACAGUAAAGCAGUCUAUGUGUCACUUGAACACACACACACACACACACACACAUACAUUCACAAACGCACUGCUGGCUAGCUGAGCCAAGAGGAUUUUGGCAGUUCCAGUAUACGGUCUUGAUUUUGUUCACUAGCAUUGCCAAGGGUUAGUUGCCAUGGUUACUGAUCUGUGGCUGGCAGCACAGACCUGGCCGGUGAUAGUGUGCGGUUGCCAGAUUGGUGGUGUGACCUGAACUGAUUGAGACACAGAUUUAUGUAAAGAGAUCAAAUCUGACAACAUUGCCAGUGUUUUCAAAAAGUAAACAUGAGGAUUGCAUACUCGUACUACUACUUUGUUUUUACAUGGUGACUAGUGUUUUUACUCUCUGGCCAAAACGUUUCAUGAGUAUGUACAUCAAUUUAUAGGCUUUUGUGGAAUAGCAUCCAUUAAAUUGAACCUAGCUGACCUGAAGUCAAACCAAGUUAACGCACUGUACUGUGACUGUUAACUUGUCUUAAGUGAAGCUUGCUCUGUGUCAGUGUACAACAUUACCGCCCUCUGCUGUCUGUUUAUAUGAAUUACUCCAUAAAUCCCUUUAGAGGGUGCUCGUGCCUGUUUUGUAGGCAAGGAAGCUCCCAUAAGUACUCCCCCCUAAUUUCACAUUUCUCUUCCCCAUAGUCCUUGGUGUCCUUUACAUGGGCAAAACUGCUUGAGAGUGUCUUUCCGAGAGUGUUUGGCUAUUAAUCUUGUGCCCAGCAGAGGUGUCAUUUUUAAUGGCUUUUUCCUGCAUACAGCCACGGGAGGUGUGUGUGUGGGUUGACAGGGACAUAAAUCCAUAAUUUGGCUACUGAUGGUAUCCGCUUUCCACAGGCGAAGUGCCAAAUCUGAGGUGCGGCCCACAACACUAAAGUCCUCAGAAACGCUGUCCUUCCGCCCAUUUCAGCUGCACAGUGUCCAUGUUUGCUGCAUCCACUAAAUGCUUGGGUCUCAUCACCUUUUUGUGAAACUUUUUCAUUUAACUUGCGUUUUAAAACUGCUGGUUACAGAUUAUGCACUGAUAUUUUUUAUGAAUACUAAAUCUGUUGUAUAACAUACUAUCUUUGAGUGCUAUGUAAGCGUUUCAAAGCAAUUAAAUUUGUCAACCAAG